UCUCGCUCACGGGAGCUAUCUGGUUUGGUAGACCGGUGCGAACGGUUUGCUGGUUUCCUAUCGAGGCCGAGUGUCAAGUGGUUCUUUGCUCCAAUUAGAUAUCAUCUUAUAGCUCAGGGAUCAGGCCGUAACACCUAUUCAUUUACUGGGUGAUCCGGCCAGGGCUUUGUUUGUUUAUUUAUUCACAUUACGACGGGCCUGAUUACGUUUUAUAAACGGUCUGUUGCAGCAUUUAAACUGUUUGCAAGGUUAACGGGUUGGGCGGCGUGGUGGUCGAGGCCUUCAGCUGGUGGCGGCGGCUGCAGCAGUCGGUGCUCGCAGGUCGCAUUAACCGGAUCGGCCGCGUUGUGCCUCUCGCCUCCUCGGGCUGUUUGGCGGGGCCUGGCCAUGCCUGUGAGGAACAAGUCCAAAUCGUCGAACAGAGAAAAAAGUCAGAAUGUAGAUCCUGGUACGACGACAACAACAACAGCGGACACUUCGGAGCAGGGACAGGAGGAGGAGGAGUUCAAUCCCGAGAAGAAUCGAGGCGAUCCGGACAUUGUCAAAUCUCCCAGUGACCCAAAAGAGUACAGAUAUAUUAAACUUGAAAAUGGUUUAAGCACACUUUUAAUCUCUGACAUGUCUGCUGGAGGAGGAGAUGGAACAGAAGAUAAUGAGGAAGAAGAUGAAGAAGAAGAAGAAAUGUCUGAUUCGGCCAUGCAGACUGAGGAAGAGGAAAGUGACAGUAAUGAUGAGAAUUCUGAGAGCCCCUCAGAUGGUGAAUCUUUAGAAGAACAUCUUGAGGAUUGUAAUGAUGAAUUCGGAGAGUUAGCUGGACCAUGCACUGGAAACAAAAAAAAUUCCGAAAAGCAGGCAGCAGCUGCUCUUUGUGUUGGAAUUGGGAGUUUUAGCGAUCCUGAUGAUCUUCCAGGAUUGGCACAUUUUUUGGAACACAUGGUCUUCAUGGGAAGUGAAAGAUAUCCUGAUGAAAAUGGAUUUGAUGCUUUCUUGAAAAGGCAUGGUGGUAGUGACAAUGCAUCUACUGAUUGUGAACACACAGUAUUUCAGUUUGACAUCCAGAGAAAGUAUUUCAAAGAGGCCCUUGAUAGAUGGGCACAGUUUUUUAUUGGUCCCUUAAUGAUUCAAGACACAAUUGAUCGGGAAGUAGAAGCUGUGGAUAGUGAAUUCCAGCUUGCUUCGCCAUCUGAUUCUAGCAGGAAAGAAUUGUUAUUUGGAAGCCUUGCCAGGCCUGGCCAUCCUAUGGGAAAAUUCUUUUGGGGAAAUUCCGAGACGUUGAAACAUAUGCCAAAAGAGAAUAACAUCGAUACUUAUGCAAGACUUAAAGAGUUUUGUAAGCGACAUUAUUCUGCUCAUUACAUGACUCUGGCUGUCCAGUCCAAAGAAACGUUGGAUACUUUGGAAGCUUGGGUGAAGGAAAUUUUUUCUCAAGUACCAAACAAUGGUCUACCCAAACCAGACUUCUCUGAAUUCAGGGAUCCCUUUGAAACAUCCGCUUUUAAUAAACUUUAUAGAGUUGUCCCUGUGAAGAAAGUUCACUCUUUGAAUAUAACUUGGGCACUUCCUCCCCAGAAGCAGUAUUACAGGAUUAAACCACUCCACUAUAUAUCAUGGCUAAUAGGACAUGAAGGCACAGGCAGUAUCCUGUCCCUGCUUCGAGCGAGGUGUUUAGCUCUUGCCUUAUUUGGAGGAAAUGGUGAAACUGGAUUUGAGCAGAACUCAACAUAUUCUGUGUUCAACAUUUCCAUUACAUUAACUGAUGAUGGUUAUCAACAGUUCUAUGAGGUUGCACAUAUUGUGUUUCAGUAUAUGAAAAUGCUACAAAAGCUUGGCCCUCAGGAAAGAAUUUAUAGUGAGAUCCAGAAAAUUGAAGAUAAUGAAUUCCAUUACCAGGAACAGACUGAUCCCAUUGAUUUUGUGGAAAAUGUUUGUGAAAAUAUGCAGCUUUUUGCUAAAGAGGAUUUCCUCACUGGAGAUCAGUUAUUAUUUGAGUACAACCCAGAGCUUCUGUUUCAACUCAUCAUUGAUUAUCUCGCUGAGUUUACAACUACUCCAGAUGUGUUUGGGAUGAUUGUGGAACAAUUAAAAAAGUGCUACUUCAAUGUUCUCAUCAAACCAGAAAAACUGGGAAAAGAUGUACGCCUGUCAAUUCUAGAACAUGGACGGUGGUCUUUAAUACAGAAACACCAAACUUUGAUGAAAGGUGGAACAACAGUUGAGGCACUGAUGUCAUUUGUGAAGAACUUCAAAUCUCAUCUUUUUGUGGAAGGAUUAGUACAAGGAAAUUUCACAAGCAAGGAGUCUAUUGAAUUUCUAGACUAUGUUGUACAGAAGCUGCAGUGUAAGCCACUGGUGAAGUCAGUACCUGUCCAAUUCAAAGUAGUGGAAUUACCGAAUAAAGCACAUGUGUGUAAAGUGAGUUCUCUCAACAAACAUGAUGCAAAUUCGGAGGUCACUGUGUAUUACCAGUCAGGUCCUCGGAAAGUAAAGGAUUAUGCUCUCAUGGAACUACUUAUUAUGCAUAUGGAAGAACCUUGCUUUGAUUUUCUAAGGACAAAAGAAACACUUGGAUACCAUGUGUAUCCUUCCUGCCGAAAUACCUCUGGAAUCUUGGGAUUUUCUGUUACAGUGGAAACUCAGGCAUCGAAGUUUAACACCGAAUUAGUGGACGACAAAAUAGAAGAAUUUCUUCAGAGCUUUUCUGCAAAGCUAGCAACAAUGAGUCAAGAUUCUUUCUCUUCUCAGGUUACAGCAUUGAUUAAACUUAAACUGUGUGAAGAUACACAUCUGGGAGAAGAAGUCGACAGAAACUGGGAUGAAGUUUUUACACAACAGUAUCUCUUCGACAGGCUUGUCCACGAGAUUCAAGCUCUUCAGUCAUUUACCAAAGAAGACUUGGUGAAUUGGUUCAGAACCCACAAAGAACACAAGAGUAAAAAACUUAGUAUUCAUGUGACUGGACAUGGGCAACAUGAACUAGAUGUAACCGAUGUCACCUUAUGUGAAUCAAAGUUCAUGCAGGGAGAAGCGUGUCACCUUAUUUUCUUACCUGUGUCUGCUCAGAUGGGGCAGGCAACCACCAUUGACGAUAUAACUGCAUUCAAUUCAAAACUCAAACUUUACCCUUUGCAUAAAAUUUUGAAAUGAUGUUUGUCAAUUGGAGAAGGUCACAGGAAGAGUAUGCAAUGUUUCCGAGAAUAUGCAGUUUACGUAUAAAAUUAAAUCCUGAUUCUUGGUGUUCUGCUUUAAGAGGAGAAGCAUUUCACCAUAAAUUGGUGCAACUUCAUAUGCAACUGUGUCAAUAUAACUAGCUAAUUAGAGUGUAUUUUGACAUCUGUAUUUUAGUGAUCACCUAAUAAUGAUGCACUUGGCACCAGAAUUUAUUAAGGCAAAAAAAGCAGUAAAUAUUUGAAUAAUUGUGCAGUUUGGUUUGUCAUUGCUUUCUGGGAAGUGUCGUUUAAAACACUUAAAGAGUACUCUUUUGAAGCAGGAGGAUGCAUUCUAAGUGUUAAAUGUGUUUGGCAGACCUGUUUUUAAACUAGUGGGUUUGGUUGAGAGGAAUAUCAAACUUAUAAAAUUGUUUUGCCUAUUUUACCUCUGUUUAAACCUACUUAUUUAUAACAGUUUUGAGUGGCAAGCAACCAAUGAUUAAUUCUCAAACAAGAUAGUGUUUUCAAAGACCAAACUGAUGCAUUUGCAAAGAAAAAAAUCCUCCAUUAAACCGAUCUUUGAGUGAAUUAUUUUGGACAUGUACUGUUUGUUUUAAUGAUUUAGAAUUUUGGUGGGUGGGGUAUAUGUGGCCAGAAAGUUUCAGUUUUCAUGUCUGAAUUACUGGUUGUGUAACCAGAAUAAAUAUGACCCAUAUGAUA